AUCAGUGACAGUGAGCUCGACAAGCAUUACCACAGUCCUCGACAAGAUAUUCACCCCACAAUCAUGCCUAAGGUAUUGUUGACAGGAGGCAGCGGCUUCAUUGCUGCUCAUAUCCUCGACCAAUUGCUGGAGAGAGGCUUUGAUGUCGUCACGACAGUGCGGUCAAAAGAGAAGGGCGAGAAGAUCCUAGCUGCUCAUCCAAAUACGCCAAAGGAGAAGCUUUCGUAUGUCAUCGUUAAGGACGUUGCGCAAGAUGGGGCUUUUGAUGAGGCUGUCAAAUCUGACCCCCCGUUCGACUAUGUCCUUCACACGGCGUCCCCUUUUCACUACAACGUCCAGGAUCCGGUAAGAGAUUUCCUUGACCCGGCUAUCAAGGGAACAACGGGCAUCUUGAAAGCUAUCAAGGCCUACGCACCCAACGUGAAAAGGGUGACGAUCACUUCGUCCUUCGCAGCGAUCGUCAACGUGAAAAACCACGCAAAGGUCUAUAGUGAGGAAGUUUGGAAUCCUAUCACUUGGGAGGAAGGUUUAGACUCCUCACAGACUUAUCGGGCGAGCAAGACCCUGGCAGAAAAAGCCGCUUGGGACUUCGUGGAGAAGGAGAAGCCCAGCUUUGACCUUGCAACAAUCAAUCCGCCCCUAGUUCUAGGACCUGUCGUGCACUACCUUAGCUCCCUUGACUCCAUCAACACCUCCAAUGCGCGGAUCAGCAGUUUCGUGCGGGGGUUCAGUAAGGAUGCGUUACCGCCAACCGGCACGUAUGUUUGGGUGGAUGUCCGUGAUGUCGCGCUAGCCCAUGUCAGAACCAUCGAGGUGCCGGAGGCCGGAGGGCAGCGAUUCUUCAUCACCGCUGGUCACUAUUCGAACAAGGACAUCGUCGACAUUAUCCGUGACGCGUAUCCUGAGCUGGAGGAUAGACUGCCGCCUAAGGACGCCCCGAGUGACAUGCCUAAAGAUGUAUACGGAUAUGACAACUCAAAAUCAAUGCAGGUUCUGGGUCUUAAGUACCGUGGGUUAAAGGAGUCGGUUGUUGACACGGUCAAGAGCCUGCUGGAGAAUGGUGCCUAGAAUGGUUUGGUAGAUAAGAAUUAAACUUAACAGAAUAUAUAGAGGCU